AUGGGGGAUGACAUCAAGUUCACUUGGGUGAUAAAAAAUUUCUCAUCGGUAUCUAAGAAAAGUUAUUCUGAUAAAGUCGUCAUUGGUGGCUGCGAAUGGAGUCUCAUUGCCUACUCCGAUGGAAAUAGUAAGGGUAGUAGUAAACUGCGUCUGUUUUUGGGGGUUACUGAUGGUCCAAACGUGCGUUCUGGGUGGAGUCAGCACGCAAACCUUUAUUGUACCAUUGUUAAUAAAAAUUCAAGAAAGGUCUCGCAAUUGCUAGUAACAAGUCGCUCGUCAACACAAAAGGCUUCCAACUGGGUUCUUACAUCCAUGAUCCCCCUUAGCGAACUUGUGGAUGAAAAUGGUGGGUUUAUUGUUAAUGGAGAAGUCAAGAUUGUUAUGGAGGUUUUUGUGUUGGUGAAACAACCUCUGAAAAAGACAAAGCUGAAUGAUAAUGGUUAUUUGGUGGAUGUCAAUGGGUUUCAAGUUCUUCCUUCUCAGGCAAAAAUUGUGAGACGUAUUUCUGAAAAACACGCUGACGUUGCAUUAGUACUCCGUGCAAAGAACAAACAUCUGAGUACAGCAUGCAUGAAUGUCCUACUCUGCCUGAUCGAUACACUAAGCCUGACACCUCAGGAGCUUUCCAGUGAAGAUCUGGUGGAAGCAGACAAUGCACCUGCAUACCUGAAAGAUGCGGGAUUCAAGGUGGAUUGGUUGGAGAAGAAGCUCAAGGAAGUGAAGGAAAAUAUAGAGAAGGUGCAUAUUGGAGAGACUCGUAUGCAAGAGUUGGAGGAUGAACUGAAAAACCUUAAGCAUAAGUGCUCGGAAGUAGAAGCUAUGUUGGAGAAAGAAAAGGCGGAUGUGUUGGCAAGAAGUUAUCUAGCAUUCGAUGAGUUGUUUAACAUUAUAUUCUGACCUGCUCGUUUCAGUCUCUAGGGUUUUCGUAACGUAAU